AUGGCGGUACCACAAACAAAAUUGCAGGAAUUGCCAAUGCGAAGUACAGGCAAUGAGGGAGAGAGCAGCAUCCACCAUCCAGGAACACUCGUCAAUAUUAGGUCGUACUGUAUGACCCAAAUGUCCGGUUCUGGCAACCGCACUCCUUCACUAUCACUCAGGGCCUCUUUUUAAGAAUUUGUCAGUAUAGAGGGGCCAUCAAGAGAAAAGGACCCAACUACAGUAGGAGGUGAAGAACGGGAAAAGUGGGAACUUGUCUGGCUCAGAAAAUUUUUGUAUUUUUAGAUGUCUGGGGCUUGUUUUUCGGCAUUUUUAGACUUGUUUUAUAUAUUUCAUCCGCUAGACAAAGAUUUAGUCGUGGGAAUACUAAAAUACUCUUCUUAACUCAAGUUAUUCUUCCCUUUUUUGCUUAUAUUUUAGACAGAAGGGACCUUCACGGGGAGAGGGACAACAUAAUUCACUGGAGGAGCCAAAGCAGGGGCUGGGGGGGGACAAGUCCCCCCAGUCUAUGGUAUUAAAAGAGGCCCUGCUAUCACUAGAUCAUAUCGAUGCACAAGUAUGGAAUCCUUUAUCCUUGCCAGACGAUAGCAGAUUACUCUCACUACAGAAGCCCUCGCGGAUCUACAGUGGUGAUUUAUCUAUUUAUUCACAAAUAUUUAAACACGGUAACAUCUCAACUAUUGCCUUAAAAUGUAUAUUCGUAUUUUGUAUGUGCUGAACAAUACUUAAAGGAACUUCGUGAUUUAGAUAAUCAUUUUCAGGAAAUAUAUUUAUUGGCCAACGCUCAAAUCGAUCCUAAGGAUGAAGAACUGAUCGCAAAAGACUACGAAGAGCUGGAUGCUCAUGACGAUCGAAUCAGAGAAACUGUAAGUAAACUCGUAUUUUUUAUGAACACUCAAUCUACCAAGGUUUCACAUGAAACAAAAUCAUCUGAUAGCAAAGAUAAGAAAGCAAUAGAACGAAAGUGGAAUCGUAUUGUGACUAACAUAGACAAAACAAUUGCAAAUAUUGAAGAAGCAACUGAUAAGAAUAAUGAAAGCGAUAUUGAAGAUCUUAUCGAUAUCAGAAAUCAAAUUUCUGAAUGUGAGAAAUCUCUUGAUAGUUUUACAAGUGAAAUUGACUCGUCUAUACCAGAUUUAGAUGGUGUAGAUUGCGGAAAUUGGAAUGAUCUUUUAUCUAGUUAUUUUGACAAAAUUAAGUCAAAUCAAGAGAAAUUAUCUCUACUCAUAAAGCAACAUCGCCGUGAACAAAUGAAGCAAACUAAAGAGCUUGAAAUUGAAAUUGAAAAGGAAAACAGAAAUAAGGAACUUGAAUUUAAAAACACUCAACAACAGCAUGAACAUAACUUAUUGUUAAAUAAAGUCAAAGCGCUAGAAAGUUCUGAAGUAAAUGAACAAAAAUCUGUGAAGCUUCCUCCACUCAAUAUCCCUACAUUUGAUGGCGAACCCACUAAAUGGAAGUCUCAUUGGCAACAAUUCCAAGCAACAAUACAUAACUCGAAGAAAUUAGAUAAUCAACUUCGCAUGCAGUAUCUUCUGAAAUCUCUUAUCACUAAAAGGGCUAGAGAUGCAAUAGAAGGAAUCAAUGCAGUAGCAGAAGCUUACCCUGAAGCUAUUGCAGCACUCGAGGCUCGUUUUGAUCGCCCCCAAAUUAUCCAUCGUGCCCAUGCAAGAGCUUUGCCUAAUGCCAAACCAGUUAAAGAUGGCACAAGCUCAGAACUGAGACAGUUACAUGACACUUUCCAGCAUCAUUUAAGAUCAUUGAAAGCACAAGACAAGCUUGACUUUGAUAGGUUUAUGACAACAUUGGGUGAGUCCAAACUUGAUUCCCAAACAAUGAUUGAAUGGCAAAAAUUUACACAAGCAGAAAAGGAUGUGCCUAUACCAAAUUCCUUGAAUUUCUUGACCUCAGAGCAACAACUACUGAACUAACUUCCUUUGAUGGAAAUCAAAGAAAAUUUCAGCCCUUUAACAAGAAACCAAAGUCGUCCAGUCCUGGAAAUUUUGGCAAAUCAGAAUCAGUCCAUACCACUACCACACAAGUUAAGUGUUCAGCUUGCAAUGGGCAGAAACACAGCAUAGCCUAUUGCCAAGCCUUCAAAGAGAAAUCCCUUUCUGAGAAGCGUGCCUUUGUGUAUGAAAGGGGACUUUACCUCAAUUGUCUAAGGGGAAGACAUAUGGCAAAGCAAUGUCCUUCACCACAUUCAUGUCUUAAAUGUAGCAAAAGGCAUCACACUUUAUUGCAUGUUGAUGAUUCCAAACCACCUGAAAACAAACUUGAAAUGUCGAAGCAAGGUGCCCUAAACAACAAUUUGCCCCCUUUCCCAAACCCCUCUCCACCAAGUAAUCCACCCACCAGUAGUGAAUCUACUGCAUCACUCAGCUACGUAGCGACACCCAAAGCGAACAGUUUGAAUAAUGUUCUUAUGAUAACAGCUGAAGUCAUCGUAAGCUCCCCAUCUGGUCAACAAAUGACAGCUCGAAUCCUACUCGACCCAGCUUCAACAGCGUCCUUCAUCACCGAAAGAUUAGCUCAACACCUUAAGUUAAGAAGAUCUAAACAGGAAAUCACCACAAACGGAAUUGGAGGAUCCCAAUGCUCUACCCUAAGUAACAGUAUUGUGAACAUUAACUUGAAAUCUACUCAGAGCUCUUCUACUCUAUCAAAUAUGCAAGCUAUUGUUCUUCAGUCCUUAACCAGGUGUCUACCUACCACUUCCUUUCCAAAAGGUCACUGGCCUCAUUUGUCCUCUCUCAAGUUAGCAGAUCAUGCAUUCAAUAUAUCGAAACCAAUUGAUAUUCUUCUUGGUGUAAGUGCUUAUCACGACAUCUUGAAACAAGAGCUUAUUCUUGGACCUAAAGGAACGCCAUCAGCUCAAGAAACCCUUUUUGAUUGGGUCUUGUAGGCAAUGUCAAUGUUAAUCGUUCGACAACAGAAUCAGUCACAAUUCUCCAUGUAUCUACUGCUUAUCCUAGUUGCGAAGAAACUCCGCAGAAAUUUUGGACAUUGGAGGAGCCACCUAAACCUAAAGUACCUGUGUCACUGACUGACAAAUUAGCAUUACAACAUUACAACCAACACCUCAAGCAUGAAGAAAAUGGUCGCUUUAUUGUUAACCUCCCUUUCAAACCACAGAAAUCAACCUUGGGAGAAUCAUGACCUCUCGCCUUACGUCGUUUCUUGUCUUUUGAACGUCGUCUUUGUCGUUCCGAACAGUUUGAAGAUUACGCAAAUGUUGUGAAUGAGUAUAUUUCCUCUGGUCAUGCUGAAAGAGUUCCCGAUAAUGAUCUCAACAAACCCUCUUCGAAUACCUUUUACUUGGCCCACCAUGCUGUUUACAAAGAUUCGGCAACAACUAUUCUACGUGUUGUCUUCGAUGGUUCAAUGAAAACCACUUCUGGUGUCUCUCUUAAUGAUCAGCUUCUUGUCGGACCAACUGUAUAUUCCCCACUCAACGAUGUUCUCAUUCGUUUCCGAAGACAUCCGUAUGUCCUUACCACUGAUGUUUCCAAAAUGUAUCGGGCAGUUGGCUUAGCUAUUGAGGAUAGAGAUUACCAUCGGUUUCUGUGGAGAGAAAAUCCUAAUGAUCCAGUCCAUGAUUAUCGAAUGACACGAGUCACGUUUGGAAUUGCAAGUGCGCCAUUUCUUGCAACAAAUUCGGUAUUUCGCCUCGUUGAAGACAACGAAGUAAAGUUCCCGCUCGCUGCCAAAGUCGUAAGGGAAUCCUUAUACGUGGACGAUGGUUUACCUUCUGUACAAACCAAGCAAGAAGCCAUCUUGUUACAACGACAGCUCCAAGAUCUCUUUGCCACAGGCGGUUUCAAACUUCAUAAAUGGGACUCUAACUCUACUGAAGUGUUGAACUCUAUUCCGCAAGAAAUUCGAAGCAGCCAAAUUACAUCUAAGUUAGGAGAUUCGGACAACUUCGUUAAGACACUUGAUAUAGAAUACAACUCAAAUCAAGAUUGUUUUCGAUUUUCUACUGCUGAGCUCUCCGUUGAUCAGUCCCACCUUACCAAACGCAACGUAUUAUCUGAUUCUUCAAAGAUCUUCGAUCCACUUGGUCUUAUCUCGUGUGUCACGAUUGUUGUGAAAAUCAUUUUCCAACGGCUAUGGAAACAAAGCAUCGAUUGGGAUGAGCCAUUGCCACCGGACAUGCAGAGACACUUUAUGAACCGGAGAGAAAGUUUGUUUGAAUUGUCCAACUUAAGAAUCCAUCGCUGCUAUACGCCAAUACAUUUCCAGAUUGUUGAUCAACAGCUUAUUGGUUUUUCUGACGCCAAUGAAAAGGCUUAUUGUGGUACUGUUUAUUUGAGAAGCACUAACACAACAGGUGAAGUUCACAUAUCUCUUGUCAUGGCUAAAACACGCGUUGCACCAAUCAAGAAAGUUUCCCUACCUCGUCUCGAACUUUGCGGAGCUCUUUUACUUGCGCAGAUGAUGAGACAUCUUCAAGAAAUCCUUUCUAUUCCAUUGUUGAAUUUACAUGCCUUCACAGACAGCUCAAUCGUUCUUUACUGGAUCUAUGGUUUAAAACUUUUGAAGCUAAUCGAAUUGCAAAGAUACAAGAUUUGAUACCACCUCAAAGAUGGAAGCACGUUGAUGGUUUACAAAAUCCAGCGGACGUCGGAUCUCGUGGUAUAUUAGCAAAGGAAAUUAAAGAACACCCCCUCUGGUGGACUGGUCCAGAUUGGCUUAAGCAAAAUCAGUCGAAUUGGCCAUCGAAAUUUACUGCACCUCCUUCACUGGAAGCUCUCCAAUCGCUGGGUGUCACGAAAGACUGCUUACAACUAAAAGAGAAAGAAGAAGUUACUCUGCAAACAACGACAGAUAAAGCCUCGACGGAGCCUGUGAUUGACAUUACUCGAUAUUCCAGUUACAUUCAACUCGUGAGAGUUACUGCCUGGGUAUUUCGCGUGGUCACCUAUUUAGUUCUACACCACUAGCAGUGUCUGAACUAUCCAAAGCUAAAACUUGGUUGAUUAAACAAGCCCAAGCUCAAAUGUUCCCAAACACUGUCAAAUUGUUAAGAAAGAAAAACCCAUUACAAUUGUCGGAUCCUUUGCAAUCAUUGAAUGCCUUCUUGGAUAAAGACGGAUUAUUAAGAGUUGGUAGUCGUCUUUCGCAGUCAAUGAAAGAUUACGAAUCUCAGCAUCCACUGAUCCUUCAUGGAAAGCAUUAUCUGUCAACCUUGAUCGUACAAAGUGAACAUAAACGAUUGUGCCAUGCUAGUCCAAAGCUUACGUUAGGAUCUCUUCAGGAUACCUAUGACAUCAUUAGUGUACGUAGAGUCGUUCGUAAGUUGAUACGUGAGUGUGUUGUGUGCAAGCGAGCAUCUCCAAAGAUAACAAACAACUCAACUGAUGGGUCAACUUCCGUCAGCACGUGUUUUGCCCACCUUUGCUAAUGAGAGAGUCUCGGUAGACUAUGCUGGACCAUUUACACUAAAGAUAGGAUCAGUUCGAAAGCCAACGUAUCGCAAAGCCUAUGUAGCAGUUUUUGUUUGCCUCGUAACCAAGUCGUGUCACAUCGAAUUAGUAUCAGACCUCUCGGCGGAAGCAUUCCUUGCUACACUUCGUCGCUUUGUUUCUCGAAGAUUUGGAGCGAUAACGCGACUUGUUUUCGGCGUACGGAUAAAGAUUUAAGGGAACUUUAUCGACUACUUCAAAGAUCAGAUAUCAAAGAAUCUGUUAUGAACUUUUGUUCGUCCCAAGGCAUCCAGUGGAAGUUUAGCCCACCCACCGGUCCUCAUCAUGGUUCUCUUUGGGAGAACGGGGUAAAGUCCUGUAAACGGCACUUGAAGCGAAUAGUUGGGAAAACCAAACUAAACGUCGAAGAAAUGACAACCACCCUCUGCCAAAUCGAAGCCUGUCUCAACUCUCGUCCACUGAUACCUUCGCUUGAUACGAAUGAUGAUGGAAUAUCUCCACUAACUCCUGGGCAUUUUCUAAUUGGACGUCCUUUAGAAGCUCUACCUAGCCGCAUUUAUAAAGAGCCCAUUCUUGGUUUAAAAAGAUGGAAACUCUGUCAAGCAUUGACAUAA